AUGCAGACAGCUUCUACAAACACUUUGUAAAAGAAUGGGUCGCUCUCAGGAGCUCAGUGAGUAUAAGCGCAGUACCAUGAUAGGUUGCCACCUGUGCAAUAAGUCCAUCCUUGAAAUUUCCUUGCUACUAAAUAUUCCACGGUCAACUGUUAGUGGUAUUAUAACAAAGAGGAAGCAACUGGGAACAACAGCAAAGCCAUGACGUGGUAGGCCACAGAAAAUGACAGAGCCAGGUCAGUGCAUGUUAAAGGGCACAGGGAGCAGAGGUCGCCAACUGUUUGCAGAGGAUUGGCCAGUAAAGGGAACUCUUAAGGUGUCAGCAUACCAAGACAUUUUGGACAAUUUCAUUCAGUUUUUGGAAUGGCCCCUUCCUGUUCCAACAUGACUGCACACCAGUG